CGCCAGUCUUGAACCAUUCACACGCAUCGCCGCAGACACACCAAAGGCAGCUUCAACACUCGCAGAUCGUCGGAUUCCUCCUCCUAUUGGCUUCGGGCUUCUCGAAACGCCGAUCCCGCUUCUACCUACUGGCCCCCCUCUCCUCCUGCCCUGGCUGCCACGCACGCCUCUUACAAUAUGCAAGCGGCCUGGGCGUAGUCAACGCAAAUCAGCAUCCUACACAACACACCACAGCUGCUUUUCCCUUCUAGUGGCACGCCAUGGCCGACAAGUCAAGGCAGUCCUCAGGAGGACGCUCCCUCUUCUCGAGGAACAAGAACAAGGACAAGGAUAAACGCCAAACCGAAAUCGAACACGAUGCCUACAACUACGGUGGCUCGCGGUCAUCGCGGCACCAUCGCGACUCUUCAGCUAUAUCGAUCGACUCCCCUACAGCUCUCGACCCUUCAAUGAGCAUGAAUGCCGGUGUCAUCGCUUCCAUUCCCUACGAUACAACCGCUCCCGGCUCCCGGUCUCCCAUCCCUAUGGACCAUAUCCCUCCACACCAGCUCAACAAAGUUGGUGCGGAUUUCCAUCAGUAUCCAACAUUUGAUCCCUCUACAAUGCCGCCUGGCUCUCACAGCUCCGUGGCCUCGCGUGGCCUGCCUGGUUCCAACAUGACCAUGGCAUCUACUGGCAAGCAGACGCAGUACCAGCAAUGGGGCCCAACCAGGGGCAGUGUUGCCAGUACCCUGAGCUCUCACCCUUCGCGAUACGAAUCCUACCUCUCACCUAAUUCAAGAACCUCGGACGCCUAUAGCAUGUAUACAACUGCGCAGUAUCCUACACUAUCUGCCCAGGCAGCUUAUAAUCAACGCGACUCGCAUCGCCUAACCAAGCUUCCCGCUGGCUCCGAGGGAUUCAACUUUCCCAAGCCGGAUGAUGACAACGUCAUUGAUCAAAUGUUUCUGCAGCUCAUGCAGAAGCGUGGAUGGCAUAACCUCCCGGACCAGGCUCGACGCCAAAUGCUUGCCUACGCACCGACAAAGAAGUGGACUCUCUUACAUCAAGAUCGUCUCACUGAAUGGCAAGGCGAACAACGCCGCAGAAUGACUGUUCGAUCGACACAGUACUCGGUACCCGAUAUUACAACCUACUCGGACGAAGAAGGAACUCCCGAAUGGUACGUUCGAAGGGUCAUGGAGGACAAGCUCGACGCCAAGGGCAUGGGCAGUUUGGAGGUCAACUUGCGAACACAGCAAAUUGGUUGGGUCAGACGAUUUGUCGAAUGUCAAGGUCAGGUUGCCCUCGUCACUCUGCUCUUAAAGAUUGCCCGAAAGACGCAGCCAACAAAUGGUCCGCCACCCCCUCCCGGAGACCCAAAGAUUGAAAAGUAUCUGGACCGCGAGUACGAUAUUCUCAAGUGCUUAAAGGUUUUGAUGAACAACGACUUUGGUGCUGAUGAUGCCCUCAUCCAACAAAAGGUUUUGGUUGCUCUGGUCACAUCAUUGACCUCACCUCGACUUCUCACCAGAAAGUUGGCCAGUGAAAUCUUGACUUUCCUUACAGCCUGGGGUCAGAACAAUGAAGGUCACAAGAAGGUCAUCCAGGCCCUUGAUGAAGUCAAGGUAACCAGUGGCGAAGCUGGACGCUUUGAUAGCUGGAUUAAUUUGGUCGGCGCCACUGUCGACGGCCGUGGUAAACUUGGAAGCUUGGUAGGCGCGAGUGAUGAGCUCCGAGCAGGCGGAACAGGUAUUGAGAACAUGCUUAUGGAAUAUGCGGUUGCGACAGUCAUGCUCAUCAACAUGAUGAUUGAUGCCCCCGACAAGGAUCUCCAGAUGCGCGUCCACAUUCGUGCUCAGUUUACUGGCUGUGGUAUCAAGCAUAUCCUAGUAAAGAUGGAGGAGUUUGGAUACGAUCCCCUCAACAAGCAAAUCGACCGUUUCCGAAGCAAUGAGGCCAUUGAUUACGAGGAUAUGCUGGAGCGAGAAAACAGCAGCAUGCAGGAUGGCGUCGAAGCAGACGUCAAGGACUUGAGCGAUCCUGUUCAAAUCGCAGACGCCAUCCAACAGCGACUCCAGGGCAGCCGUACCAAUGAUUACUUUGUGUCUGCACUGCAGCACCUUUUGCUUAUGCGGUCCACCGAUGGAGAAGAGCGACUCCGUCUCUUCCAGCUCGUCGACUCCAUGCUGAGCUAUGUCGCAAUGGAUAGGCGCAUGCCCAACAUGGAUCUGAAGCAGAGUCUUAACUUCACAGUACAGAAUCUUCUUGACAAGCUGCACACCGAUGCUGAAGCUCGUCUAGCCCAGGAUGAAGCCCUCGAGUCGAGGCAAAUUGCAGAGGCAGCGAUGUCGGAACGAGACGAAAUGAAGUCUCAAUUGGAGCUCGGCGCUGACGGCCUAGUCGCAAAGCUCCAGAAGCAGCUCGACGAACAAAGCAGAUUCAUUGAAGCGCAGCGGCGCCAAGCCGAAGGCCUCAAGGUUGAGUUGGAUGGUAUCCAAACAAUUCGCGCCAAGGAGGCACAGCGAAACGAGUUGGAGACCAGAGAGCUGUAUCUCAUGUUGCGUGAUGCACAGGAUAUAGCUGCUUCCAACGCGGCCAAGAGUAACGCUAAGAAUGUGACCAAGGAAGCUUCUGAUCCUGUGCAAAUGCAAGGCAUCAUGGACCGUCAAAAGUUGAUGGAGCGACUCCAGAUGCAACUUGAACGCCAAAAGACGCAGUAUAAGCUCGAGGGCCGCAUGUAUGGCGAGGCUGGAGGACCGUCAGAUCGCCUUCGCGCUCUCCGUGAGGAAAUGGAAGGUGAGAACGAGGGAGCAGUCAAAGCGCCUCGCGAUCUCACCAACAGCGUCCUGGGCAGCAGUAACCGCCAAACCAAGAUCCCACGCAAGCCCGUCAACUCAUCAGGAGAUUUGGAAGACGUGUCCAUUCCCGAAGCAGACGAGACUGAUGAGACUGAGGAAGACGGUGUUGUAUAUGAGAAGCCCCGUCUUGUUGAGCUCAAGCGCCCCGUCAUUGAUACUAAGCAGCAGCAGUCUCUUGUUAAUGAGCUGGGCAUCAAAGUCAAGAAAACCGAUGCCAGUGAUUCUGAGGAGGGUGACGGCGUUACCAACGGCACAUCCCACCCAAGCAUUGACUCGUCCUCACCCCAGACCCCAGCUGAGGUCGAAACACCAAAGGCUACCGUCCCUACACCUGCCUCAGCUGCCAAAACUACUGGUCCUCCUCCUCCUCCUCCUCCGCCACCACCACCACCACCUUUGCCUGGACAGCUUGCUGGAGCGCCGCCACCACCGCCGCCUCCUCCCCCUCCUCCUCUGCCCGGACAGCUUCCUGGUGCUCCUCCUCCUGCUCCUCCUCUUCCUGGUCAGAAAGCCGCUGGGCCGCCUCCGCCUCCACCCUUGCCAGGCCAACUUCCUGGAGGCCCCCCUCCUCCUCCACCUCCUCCACCUUUGCCAUCUCUUGGCUCCAUGUCUCCUGGCAUGACCACCGAUGGGGCAAGCUCGCCAUCCAUUGGGUCACUGCCGCCGUCAAGCUCAGCCCAGUCCUUCUUAUCAACAUCGACGGCCGCGGCUGAUGCAGCUGCUAUGCCACCUCCUCCUCCUCCAAUGCCUACUUCGGCUAGUGGCCAUUUCCUUCCUCCUCAGCCAACAUUCACACCAAUUCCUGCGGCUACAUUGCCCAUCGUUAGACCUAAGAAGAAGCUCAAGGCUCUUCAUUGGGAGAAGGUCGAUGCACCGGAAACCAGUCACUGGGCUGCCCAUACGCCUUCAGCCGAAGCGCGUGAAGAAAAGUACAUUGAGCUUAGCCGCAAGGGUAUUUUGGAUGAAGUUGAAAAGCUGUUCAUGGCAAAGGAAAUCAAGAAGAUUGGAGUUGCAACCAGCAAGAAGGGAGAUAAGAAGCAGAUUAUUGCACCUGAUCUGCGCAAAGCCUUUGAAAUUGCGUUUGCCAAAUUCUCACAGUAUCCUUUGGAGAAGAUUGUUCAGAUGAUUAUUCACUGCGAUGAUCUCAUCUUGGACAAUGUUGUUGUCAUGGAUUUCUUGCAAAAGGAUGACUUGUGCAACAUCUCUGACAACACUUCUAAGCAAAUGGCACCUUUUAGUCUCGAUCUGACGGGACCAGAUUCGACCAAGCAAGUUCGCGAACAGGACCCUGCGGAUCUGACGCCACAGGAUCAGCUGUAUCUGUACACGGCUUUCGAACUCCACCACUACUGGAAGAGCCGUAUGAGAGCCUUGGCUCUGACAAGAAGCUACGAACCCGAGUACGAUGAGCUGCAUGACAAGAUGACGCAGGUUGUCACCGUUUCAGAGAGUCUACGUGACUCUGUUUCGUUGAUGAACGUCCUUGGUCUCAUUCUCGACAUUGGUAACUACAUGAACGAUGUCAACAAGCAAGCUCGUGGUUUCAAGCUCAGCUCCCUUGCCCGCCUUGGCAUGGUCAAGGAUGACAAGAAUGAGUCCUCGUUGGCUGAUUUGGUGGAGCGCAUCGUCCGCAACCAAUACCCCGAAUGGGAGAACUUUGCCGACGAGAUUGGUGGUGUGAUUACCAUGCAAAAGGUGAAUGUGGAGCAGCUCAGAACCGAUGCUCAGAAGUACAUUGACAAUAUCCGCAAAACACAAAUGUCCCUGGAUUCGGGUAACCUAAGCGAUCCCAAGAAGUUCCACCCUCAGGACCGUGUUGGACAGGUUGUACAGCGAUGCAUGAAGGAAGCACGACGCAAGGCAGACCAGAUGGACUUGUACCUGGAUGAAAUGAUGCGCACCUACAAGGACAUUAUGGUCUUCUACGGCGAAGAUCCUACAGAUGAGAAUGCCAGACGCGACUUCUUCUCCAAGCUUGCCAACUUCUUGGGUGAGUGGAAGAAGUCCAAGGAGAAGAACUUGAACUUGGAAGAGGUCCGCAAACGCAACGAGGCUUCCAUGAAGCGAAGACAUGCUCAACAAAAGGCCCGCGAGGCGGCAGAGUCGGGCAUAGCACCCUCUGCUGCCAGCACUGGCGCCAUGGACUCACUCUUGGAGAAGCUUCGAGCCGCGGCUCCGCAGGCCCGAGACCAGAGAGAUCGCCGCCGACGAGCACGUCUCAAGGAUCGUCACCAAGUUCGUGUGGCUUCUGGUCAAAAGAUUCCCGAUUUGAACGAGAUUCCCGAGGUCGAAGCCGGUCUGCAGACUGUGGAUGCUGACAUUGACGAAGAAGCCGAAGGCCAGACUGCUGCCAAGGAUGGCGAGGAUGAUGUUGCGGACCGUGCUGCAGCUCUACUCCAGGGCAUGCGUGGCGGCGAAGGCGCAGAAAACGACGCCGAGAAGCGCGAGAGCAUGAGAAAGGCUCGAAGACAAACCACGGACGAGGAACGACGCAUGAGACGACGCCGUCGUGACCGAGUAACCGGCAGCCAGGGUGGCGAGAGCGCAGAAGGCGACUCACGCCCAGCAACAGCGGAUGGCGAGGCCCUAGCUGAAGAGGUGAGAUCUGAACAUGGUGAAGAGGGUGAAGAACAUUGAAAAUGGGGAGGGGAUUAGAAGGGAUAGAAAGGGAUGCAUUAGUUUGUAGAUGAGCGAGCGGUCUUUGUUUAUUCUCCGCAUAUACUCUAUAUCUGUACGUAAUGUUUAUACAAUGCCACCCCUUUAUGCUUUG